AUGGCAACGCAUCUCGCGGUGCCGCAGCACGCGUGGCAAGGCUACGAUCUGAUGGCCGACGCCGAGAACAUCCCGGUGGUGAGCAAUCUGAAUGGAGCGAGCAAGGUGGUGGGCAGCAACCGUCCCACGUUCCCCUCCUACUUCUCCUCUGGCGCUGGGUUCGACCCGAUGAUGACCGCCGAUCGGACCAAGCCCUACUCGUCUUCCGCAUCGACCUCGGAUCCCAUUGUCGCAUCCUGCGCGUCAUCUUCGUCGAUGAACACCGCCGAUGAGAAUGAUUUCUCGCUCUUCUCCGCGCCGCCCUCGUCCCUGCUCAAGAAGAACAACUCCCUCCCGCCCCCGCCCUUCUCCAGCUUCUCCUACUUCUCGUUCUCCUUCCUCAACGAGUUCAUGCAGCAGACCCAGGGAGCCGCCGCUCUCCCCUUCGCCCCCGUGCCCCCGGCCAAGUACACGUCGGCCCUCAACCAGCAGCCCCAGCCCCAGCACUACCCCCGGGCCGAGCCCCUGCGCGAGCGUCGCACCCCCUCGCCGCCCCCGGCCGCGACGGCCAACUACGGACCCGCUACGACUGUGCUGCCGCUCCCCCAGGCCUCGGCGGCCUUUCACCAUCAACAGCAGCAGUACUUUCAUCAUCAACAGCAGCAGCUGCAGCUGCAGCACCAGGCGGCGUUGAGGCAGCAACAGCAGCAACAGCAGCAGCAGUACCACCAGGCCCAGAUUCAGGCUCAGGCCCAGCAGCAGGUCCCGGUGUACCGCCAGGAGUCGCCUCUGCUGCCCACACCCGACUACCACCACCAGCAGCACUUUGCGAUCCACCACGCCCAGCAGCCGCAGUACCAGCCUCAUCAGCCGCAGCAGUACCAGCAACAGUCCCAGGCGCAGCAGCCCGUGCAGGAGGUCUACGAGCGCCGGGAGUCGUACAGCGACGGCGAGUACGACCAGAGCGGGUCCGACAGCGACGGCUACUGCGGCCCGCACGAGAGCCCCCAGGUCAAGGCCGCCUUCAAGAACUUCCUCCGCCAGUUCAAGCGCAAGGAGAAGGAGUCGGGAGUGGAGGGCGCGAGGGACUACGCGGUGGAGCAGAUGUCGACGCUGCCGUCGUCGCUCCACUGGCGCGUGUGCCUGGAGCUGGCCGACUUCCUCAAGCGGGAGAACGCCGCGUCGCAGGCCCGCAAGUGGUACGCCAAGGUGGUCCAACUCCAGCCCUCGGCCAGCCAGGGCUGGCUCGAAUACGCCAAGCUCGAGGAGGAGUGCGGCCGUCUCACCAAGUGCCGAGAUAUACUGCUGGAGGGCCUCACGCACUGCCCGUACAGCGAGAGUCUGCUGGUGAAGGCGCUCAAGCACGAGGAGCGCAUCGGCAACCUGCCCGGCGCGCGCUCGCUCAUGUCGCGCCUCAAGGCCGAGUCCGUCGAGCGCACCUGGAAGACCGUGCUCGAGGGCGGCCUCCUCGAGGCCCGCGCCGGCAACCUCCACGUCGCCCGCGAGGUCUUCAAGUACCUGAUCCGGCAUGUGCCCUGGUAUGGGCCGAUCUUCAACGAGGCCUUCCGCCUGGAGGAGCGCCACGAACACCACCGCCGCGCGUCGGUGCUGGUCGAGAAGGGGCUCGAGGAGAACCCGCGCUACGGCCCGCUCUGGUUCUCGGCCCUGCGCGUCCAGGAGCGCCUCGCCUACGAGCAGCUCUCGGGCGAUCUCACCGCCCUCCGCAACACCGUUAAGCGCGCUCUGGCCUGCGUGCCCAAGGAGCUGGUGUGGAAGAUCCACUUUGAGCACGCGCAGGUGGAAGAGAGGGCCGGCAACCUCCAGCGCUGCCGGCGCGAGUACGUCCGCAGCGCCUAUUCCUGCCCGCAGAACCUCAUCUGGAAGGUUUGGCUCGGCGGCGCGAGGACCGAGCUGAGCGUAGGCAACACCAAGGCCGCGCGCAAGCUGCUGCAGCGCGCGCUCGGGGCCGCCCCGCGCAAGAUGCGCGCCGCGGUGCUGCUCGAGUGCUCGCGCCUCGAGGAGUACGAUGGCCACACCGAGGCCGCGCGGCUCAUCCUCCGCAAGGCCCGCAAGGAGACCAAGCACGAGUGGCGCGUCUUCCUCGAGAGUGUGCUGCUCGAGAUCCGCGCCAACAACAUCGCGCAGGCCAUCGUGCAGGCCGAGGAGGCCCUGCGGAUCCACACCGGCACCGGUCGGCUGUGGGCCGUGCUCAUCCACCUGCACUGGCUGCGCAGGGAUGAGCCGGCGCAGCUGCGGGUGUUUAAGGAGGCGCUGCAGGAGGUGCCCAAGUCGGGCGAGGUGUGGUGCGAGGGCGCCCGCAUCGCGCUGCGCCGGGGCAACCCGGUCGACGCCCGGCGCUUCCUGCAGUUCGCCAUACAGUUCACCCCGCAGUACGGCGACUCGUUUGUCGAGUACCUGCGGCUGGAGCUCAUCGAGAAGGGCGCCGCCGCGGCCGACGUGCACGACCUCGAGCAGAUGUGCAUCAACGCCGACCCCAACUACGGCUUCAUCUGGCUGCAGUGCAAGCACGACGCGCUGGACGGACCCAAGCGCGUGCUGGCCAACGCCCGCGAGAUGCUGCUGGGCCAGGAGCCGUCUCAGCCCGCCACCGGGACCCAGCGCAGCGCCAGUGCGAGCGUACCGUUUGGCAAGCGGCAGUCGUCGUCGUGCGGCGGCUACGCCUUCCUCAACGCCAACGAUCAGGUCUGGCCUGUUCACAUGAAGCACCAGCACCAGCGCGUGCCGCUGAGUCAGAGGGAGGCGAAGGUGCCGGCGACUGCCACCGAAGGUGGGUCGGCCCUGCACAGGGAGCUCACCUGCCUCACUCCGCUAUCGCACUGCGUGAGCCUGAGCGAGAAGUGGAAGAUCAUCUUUGGCGGCGAUCCCAUCAAGCCCUGA